CAGCUCCAGAAAGGUAUUUUUACAUUGUUUCUUGAGUACGUCAGGAAUGAAAAACUUUUUCGAUAAAAACGAGCCGUUAGCUUAUUCUACACCGAAUGCCGAAUUUUUUGGCGUAUCAGUGAAGUGGCCGACUCAUCAUACAAAAAAGCUAGAUACAUUUACAAAAUGCAGAUCGAGCUUUCCAGGUAUGCAUGUUUCCGAGCCUGUCAAAAUUCGAACUUCCUCCCAGUCUCAUUGAAAAACACUUUCCCUAGCUCACUUCUUGACGAGGAAUCCAAUGAAAAAGGUUUGAAAGCGCUAGGUGAUCACAGGAAAACGUUGUGAGUGGUUUUAGGAAAACUGGCGGUUUUUUGGCCUUUUGACUGUGCUCAGUAUUUUGCAUUUUUCUCCAUGAAGAUACGCUCUACUCGAGAAAAUAAGAUGAUAUUCGUGAUCAGCGCGAAGAACUGAAUCAGAAUAUGUGUAAUUUUAAAAAAACGUUUUUCCGACUGCAAGUUUGAAUUAGCGACACCUUAGUAGGAUGUAGAAGGAUGAUAAAUAAUAGUAAAAAGAAGAAAGAAAAGUAAAGAAGGUCAUAGAAAAACAGACCACGCAAAGAAAGUAUGAGAAGAAAGUGUUUGUUCCUAAUAUCGUUCUCGCUGAGACGAUGCUAGUUUUUUCACAUGAGACGGCAAGAUGCGGUAUAAGCCAUUAGAUUUAGUGUUCAAAACAACAUCUAGAAAACCGUGCCUCACUGUUGACAUCCUACGUGGAUGCAAUGGUGCUGUGUAUCAUAUGAAAUGAGUCAACUAAAGACUAACUGAUUUCUUAUAAUUUCAGGCAGUGAAGAUAGUAAACACAGAGUUUAUACAGGACAUCAAUUGCGUGCAUUUACUGGAAUAAAAUUUGAAAAUAAAGAAGCAAGUUUGAGUCAGUGUGAUCAAGUUCAAGAUAAUGAUUUUAUAAGAUAUAAUGAAACUCCAAUGAGAUGGAGAGAUGUAAAAUUGUCGCAUCCAUAUUCAAAAUGGAAUUUUGCUGGCGUAGCAAGUGAUCAAGUUGCUAGUUUACGAGUUAAUUCAAGACAGGGUGUGACAGCAUUUCAUUAUAUUUUGCUAUUGGACCGAUCAGGUUCAAUGUCUGGCGCAAAUUGGGAUAAUUUAAUGAUAGCAACUAAAGCUCUGAUUAAAGGAAGAAUUGAGAGUGGUGCAGAUGAUAGAAUUACAAUUAUUCCUUUUGAUGACCAUGUAGUACAUACAGAUAUUUUUACUAAUCAAAAAAUGAAUGACAUUAACACUAAUAAUAUUCGAUUUACCGGUGGUGGUACGGAGUUUGGUCAACCACUUCAGGUUGUAAUUAAUGUUCUAAGUCAACUGCGCAACAACAAUAUAACACCACAUCUGAGAACAAUUAUCUUGUUUAUUAGUGACGGAGGGGCUGGCUAUCCGAAGCAGCAAUUAGAUGUAUUAGCUCCACAAGUAGGACAAGAUAUUGCUGAAUUUUGGACUGUAACUAUUGGUGGUCAAAAUAAUAUGCAUAAACAAAUAAAUGAUAGAAUGCAGGGUACAUUAAAAUUGGCUAUUGACCCAACAACAUUGAAAGCAGUGUUUGCCGAAAUAAUUGCUGACAGGAAUUGUAGAUAG